AUGGACACGCAGUUGUUUUCCCCCUUAUUGGGAGCAAUUACGAGUACACCCCCUCCGCUGGAAUCUUCCCGUCUGUGUAGUGACUGGUCAGCGUGUGGAGAGGAUAUCAACUCAAAAACUUCCUUUCAAGACUGCACAAAGAAACGGACACCAAUAAACCUUUCCUAUUCUGGCAAUGGGCCUGAUAUGUUUGGGCUAGUGUCAAGCAUUUUAGAGGAGCCAAGCAAGCCAGAACCAGUUACAGAUUGGAAUUCUCUUUCAAGAUUGUUUCCCCCUAUAUGGGCACCUGACCUGGGAAGCAAUGGUGACUUUUCAGGCCUCUCAUCUAAGCACUCUGUUGAAAGUAAGGAUUUUUCAAACCUGAUGGGCACACACAACUACUAUCAGGAACACUUGCACAAGUCUCAUGAUGUGGAGAUGUUGCAUAGAGGUUUGGAAGAUCUUCAUCUCCUGGAGUCUUGGCUUUCUCCAUCUGGCCCUUGCACUCAGCCUGAGCAUAUUCUGAAGAACGGUUACCCUGAAAAUUCCUCCUUGCAGAAUAAUAAUAGAAUUCAUCAACAAGGGUUUUCAUAUCAAAAUGUGGACUAUAAUCAGCAUUUGUGCAGUUACAACCACGUUAUGUUAAAUGGAGACUGUGAAAAAAUCAGUUCCAGCUUCAGCAGUUUUUCUUCUCAGAACAGAAUGAGAGAAGGCACAAGCAUUCAGAAAGAGUACUGGAAAAUGGAGAGAGUAAGAGGCAAAGUUACGAAAAAUGAUGCUCAAGAACAAGCUAAGUAUUCCCCUGAUCUUUCCAAUCAGCCUGUUGAUGACUCUUGGGAUAAAGCGUCCCAGGACAACCACUCAUUUUCUAAAAGAUACGAAAACUUCACAGCUGCUCAUAGGUUGCAGUCGCCUGUUCAUCCAUCGCUAUAUUUUUUCAAUCAACCCCUUAAAGAAAAUAAUUUUUCUGGAAGGACAAACAGAAAACCACAGGAAACCCAUGUGCCAAAUGGUCAUCAGAGCUUUAUUUUGGGGGAUGCUUUCAAUAAUAACGAGUGUCAGAUCCAUAUCUGUCCUAAAGAAUGCUCUCAGAAAGUUUCUGAAUAUGAUUUAUCCGUAAAAAAUGUUAUGGAUAACAGGAGUUACCCAUCGUACCAUGGACAUACGUGGCUGGAUGGGAAAACGCCAAGUCCGGCAGCCACAUCGGGUAUCCCGUAUGGAAAACAAGUGGUAACAAGCCCACGGUCAUCUUCAGGGGUUUCAGCCAUGUCCAGCGGUUCUCCCACCCAUCAGUCUAUAACACAGUCCUCUUACUACUCACAGAUCUUACCUGUUCUCUCUUCAAGGAAAGAUGGAAGGCUACAAAUACCAAACGGUGUUUCCAAUCAUUGGCGAGUUCCUAACUUCAUCUCAGAAAAUCAGAAGCACAUUAAACCCAUUGGACGACUGCAGCACGAUUCAUUGACCAAUAAGGAGGGGCGACACCAUAAAUUCCCCAUUAAUUUUUCAUCUGACUGGGCAAUGCAACAGAAUGCUGUCAGUGAAGAUCCUGAAAAAUACCACAGAUUUCCCAAAAAGCAGACCCAAGAAAAUAGUAAUAAAGAUGAUAGGAGGGGCAGGAGGAAUUGGAUUCCUCAUUUUGGAUACACGACCCCAAACCGUCAGCAGUUCGAUAUGUUCCGAAAAAAGCGUGAACAGAAUGGUGGUAGCAUGUCAGACUUCAUUAAUCCUUCUUUUCUUCCUUCUUUCCCAUUAAUGUCUGAUUUUAAGCAAAAUCCCAGCUUUCCUCCAUUUAAUCACCACCUGUUUUCAUCAACAAAUCAUUUCAGUUUUCCGCCGCCACCGUUUCCAUUCUCAGAACUUGUUGACCUUUUUCGUUAUGAUGACUUUAACCACCUGAAUCCCUUCAUCAACGAUCUGUUUUGCGGAGAAAUAGCUGCACCGUAUUUUGCCUUUCCAACACCAUUUACCAAGUACAGACCUCCCAGAAAUCGCAGCGGACCUGCUAACGAGCUUCACAUCCGACUGGAGGAGUGCUAUGAGCAGUGGAGAGCCCUGGAGAAAGAGAGGAAGAAGACUGAGGCUGACCUUGCAAGAAACUUCCCAGGAAAACGUGUAUCUAGCUCAAAUAACACUCCUGUGUGCCGACUUCCUGCUAACCCAUCACGAGUUGAUCGUUUGCUUGUUGACCAGACACGAGAACAUGCCAGGGUGCUCACAUUAAUAGGAAAAAUGGAAAGGCUUUGUGGUACCCCCGUACACGGCAACAUAUCCACCACAUUGGAACACCAUAUGGAAGCCAUUCACAUAACACAGGCGAGGCGUAAGGAUGAGAUUAUUAAUGCUGCUAAUCCACAGAGGCAAGGAGCACCACGUUACAAUAAUGAGAAAGAUGUUCUGGCUCUGGCGGCUGCCGUUAGAGAGCUGGCUGCUUCCACACGCAAGGCUCGUACCGCUUUAUGGUGUGUGUUACAGAUGACUUUGCCAAGGAACUCUCCAAGCGGUCCAGCAGAACAAGAAGUUGUUGAAAGGGCAUUGCAAGAGCUUUGUCCUCUGAACACAAGGACGCAAGAAGGAGGCGGCACAGCGCAUGACAGCAAAGGAAGCAAAAAAGAAAAACCUGAGGAACCCAUGAGGAGUCUGGAAUAA